AAUGACGGUAUUUAUAGUCAACAGCGGCUGCCGCUGCUUUAUCUCCGGGUCACCCGAAGAUCUCAGACCCAAACAACAGAACCAACCCAGAAGAAGACCCAUAAUCAUCGCCAAGAAAUGCUUCCUCUCCUUCUCGCACUGCUGUUACUCUCUGCUUUCGCGCCCAUCAGGCCGGUCAAAUCUCACCAGGAGUCCGGUGAGUGGAGAUGCGAGUCCGACUCCGAGAUCGGAGUUGUCGCCGAAUUUCGCCCCGGUAUCGUUACUCUCGAUGGCCACGCCGAUGACUGGAAGGACAUUGAUGGAUUCGAGUUCUCUCUCCUUCCGGCUCUCGACCCAGAUGACGAUAAAGAAUACAGCGGCGGGAAGAUGACCGUUAAGGCUUUACACGAUGGCAAGGACGUGUUCUUCUUGCUGCAGGUUGAUGGGGAAUAUCGAUACUCUAAAGGUGAUAGUUCCAAAUGCCCAUCAGUUGCUCUCAUGUUUCAGAUUGGUGAGAGUGCCACUUAUCACAAUAUGGGUGGCUGUAAGGAAGGAAAAGAUACUUGCACGAACAAGAGUUGCAAGGGAUAUGAAGUUGAUCUUAUGCAUUUUUCCAUUGGAAAUGCUAUUCCAGGACGGUUGUAUGGUGGCAACACAGUAGACGUUGGAAAUGGAGGUGACAGAUUUGGACAUCUGGUGGAUCUGUAUGCCUGGAAUCCUCAUUGUAGAUACUUAGAUGGAAUUGGUCCAUCAGGAAAUGAUUCUAGUGCACAGAAUAACUGGAAAGGCGCAUGGUGGCACAGCAGCUUUUCCCAUCACUCAGGUUUCGUGGUGGAAGAUAGUCCAUAUUCAUCAGAUAACCAAAAGGGUACUUAUUAUUUCGAAUUUUCUAGGCCUUUAAGAACCUCAGAUCGCCUUCAACAGGAUGCCCAAUUUUCCAUUGGUGGAUCAAGUAAGAUGUCAGCCGCAUUUUGGUAUCCUGUUGAUGGGAAGCCAUGGCAUGGGUCUGGACACUACUCCAUUAACUGUGAUUGGACAUCCUUGGAUUUCUAUUCCAGUAGCUCAAAACUGGCAUCAUCAUCACAUGGGGGUGCCUCAGGAAGCUCUGCCAGUAUGUUUGCCCUUCUGAUCUCAGUAAUCUCUUUGUGCCUAUCUAUUCUUGUUGUGUACAGACUCUUCAGACCUCCUCAGAAUGUGGCUGUUGAAUAUAGAGUUCUCAGACCUCAGAAUGUGGCUCUUACAUCCAUGGACAACAACAACCUUUAGUGGGAAGUGCUUUUUUCUUUUGGUUUGCUGUACCAUUGAUCAAUAUUGUACUUCACUGUUGAUGUACUUGCAGAACUUUCCCACUUUCUGCAGUUAUUUAUGGGCCUAGUUUUCCUGCUCUGUUGAUGGAAACUAUAGCGUUUACAAGAAAAAGAAAUGGAAUUACAUGAAUUUUAUGGGGCAGCCAUGUUAGAAGCGACUUUUUAGAAGAAAAUUUUUUGAGUUAAAAAACAUGUAUCAUGUAUUAUAUAGCCAAUGAUGAUUUUUUUUUUCUAAAUA